AUGCGCGGUGAGGCAAGCAAACACCCACCACUUGUCUACUGCUUGGAUGCUUCGUUGCUGUCUCAAAGUGCCCAUGGCAUUGACUCCCUCCUACACAUUUGA